GAUUCCCAUCCCCCUCCAUAGUUGCGACAAGCAGCCCCUACAGGCAGGCAGCCAAAGUACUUUUUCACUACGUUUGGUGGCUAGUGGAAAUAAAGGGAAAAAGAUUUAUUCGUGCGCGCCCUAGUAGGAAAAUUUUCCGUGCACAAAGAACAUUUUUCAUCCGGCUACAUCCAUUAGGCCGAUACAUUAACAAGUGUUGUGUUAUUUUAUUCUGGAUUAACCCAAGUGGACGAACCUAGGUAACAAGAACCGGAAAUAUUUCAAUACCGUUUGUCUCAGUCAAAAAUUUCUUUUUAACGAUCGUCUCCGCACCUCCACUUUACUUUUUAAAAGGGUUCGCCGACGUUCGUGAUUCGAAGGCUCCAGUAUAUCCUCUUAUUGUCCCAGGGCAAAGGUUCGUUCUGUGGGUGGGAAUCUGAGUGCCUCAUGUUGGGGAUUGUGUGUCCAGCAUGUCCACAUCGACCACUAAUGUCAGUGCUACCAAGGGGGAGAAAGGCAAAGCUAAAUAUGCAGCGCUAAACAUCAAUAACUUGUACAAGGGUAACUCUAUCGAGCCACAGGCCAAAACUGUAGCCCCUAAACAUGGCAUGCAAAGUCUGGGUAAAGUGCCUAGUGCUCGACGGGCCCCUCAACCUGUCAACUUGCCUAGUCUGAAAUCAGAGAGUGGCGUAGUCGCUCCCGAAACCUCCAACUCAAAUUCUUCGAAUUCAUCCACCAGCGGCGGUGGAGGUGGUAGUAGUGGUACAGUAGCCCCUUCGACAGCCCCACAGUCUGCUACUCCCAACUCAGCGGGAUGGACUGGAAGUGCUCAAGAAGCAGCCGCAUCAGCUCCGGUUGUUGCCGGAAACAAGCCACCCCAAUCGCAAUCGCCAGCUCCAGUCGGAGUCGUUCCAGUUUCGACAGGUCCCGUUCCAACAGUUGCUCCAGCACAGCCGGCGAUCCCUGUUCAGCCACGACAGAGCACCACAUUUCUAGAGAGGAAAUUUCAACAAGAAUUUCCUUCUUUGACGGCGGACUCACAAGUAACUGGCCCUCCAGCGAAGAGAGCACCUGCACCGCAACCACCUACAGUGGUUGCCGCGCCUGUUCCAGUCUCGCCAUCGGAAAUUCCUCGUCAGGAGUCUCCUCAGCCUCUGCAGUACGGUCCAGGUCCCAGUCUACGACCACAAACCGAAGGCAGUUGGGUGCAGGGAGGAAGGCCGUCAAAUGUGUCACCUUCUCAAGGGGGCUCAGGUGUCGUCGAUGGCUUGGCUGGGCAGGUUGCAGGUGUUUUGCCUCCGGGCCAGGCCGGCCCACGCGGCAUUCCUGUGCAUCCAGGUCAGAUUGCCGGCCAACCUCAUGCGCUGAGAUCUGUCAUGCCUCCUUUCAUGUUCCGAGGUGGACAGAUUCCUCCGGGUAAUUAUCCAGCCGGUCCGUAUCCGGGUUCCGGACAAUACGGACCUCGAGGACCUGGCGGUCCACCUGGUCGAUAUCCCCCACCUCCCAACCAAGAGGCUCGUUUCCGUCAAGGAAUGAGGAUGGCCAAUCCAGCUGCUAACCAGAACGAUCCCGAUUUGUAUCCUCGACCAAUCAUCAAAGAAGAAGAUCUUCGAAGAAUGGAUGAAAUUUCAGGGGAUGACGGCUGGGCGGCUUUGCAGGACGAACCGGAUUAUGACAAGAAACUCGACGAUGAUGAACCUACCGAACAACAGCGUAACGCCCAACAAACUGGUGCUUCAACGACGAAUGCUGUUGCAGCAGCAGCCGCAGCCGUUGAGGAAGAGUCGAAAGCGGAUAGAGAUGGGAAAUGGGCCGACAAUAUUCAAGCUCAAGGCCGGGCCAUUUCAACUCCGCCCGCUCAAAACGUAAAUACUCUUAACAGAGAUCGCGGUGUUGAUCGUGGCGUUGCGCAGAUUGGAGGUAGUGGAGGUGGUGGUCCGCCUCUUCGCCAUCCUCACCAGCAGAAUAAUAGCCGACCAAUUUCACUUGACGAAGAUGAUUUCUGGAGAGAGCAGCAAAGGCAACAGAAGAAUGUAGAAAUUAAAGCAGCUCAGCGUGCGAAAGAAAUGAGGGAAGAGGAAGAGCGCCGAUUUGAACAAACCAAACAAGGAGAUCGUAAUAGGGAGCCCAUCGCUGACACUGAACCAAGAACCGGGUUGAAUCAAAGAGAUCGUGAUCGUGACCGAGAACGCGACAGGGAGCGUGACAGAGAACGUGACAGGGAACGCGAUAGAGAAAGGGAUCGAGAACGUGAUCGGGAUCGCGACCGCCAUCUCGAUGAUCGUGCCCCUGAAAGAGAAAAAUACGAUCGUUCUGGAUUGGGAAGACCUGGAAAUGACCGAUCUGACUACUCAUACGGUGGCCGCAACGCUCCGCCACAGCCUCAACUUCCUCCGAGGUUUUUGAAGCAAAGACAACAACAAGCUGCCGUUGGUGGUGGAAGAAUGGAUGAGAACGAACAACGUGGUCCACCUCCAAAGGAAAUUCGAUUAAGAGAUCGAGAUGACCGCGAACGACCUCGUGAACCUCCAGUCAUGGAUCGCAGUAAUAGCUAUGACUCUCGCGGAGGAGGCGGGCGUGAUGGUCGUGAUUGGCAUCAAGACCGAGACAGGGAACGAGAUCGCGACAGGGAGCGUGACCGUGAACCACCGUACAAGAGACCUGGCGACAAUUGGCAGCGAUCUGAUCCAGAGAAAAGGCUCAGUGACGGUCGAGGAGGUCAUCGGCCUGAACCUUCUGGUCGCGAUCGUGACUGGGUGGAAAAGGAAAGCAUCACCAUGAAGCGCAAAGAUGCCAAGACGUCUGAAUCUGAUACCAUGGAACAGGAUCGUCCCAACAGCCGAAACAGUCGUUCCAGUUUGAAGGAUGAAAGUAGCAGCAAGGAAAAGGGUAUCCUUCCUAUCCCCAUGCCAGAAAUUGUUUCAUGGGCGGAUGAGCCCGGCGAAGAAGAUAUUCCACCUCCUCUAGCUGGGACUGCCGAUUCUCGUGGAUUCAGUGAAGAACGACGCAUUCAAGGUGGCGGCAAAGCCCACGGCGCCGGAUCUCACCAUCAUGCACCUGCUCCCAUUCCAAGAGACAGACUUGAAGCCGACGUUCGUGCGGAAAACAAGCAAAGCAAUUUUGUUCCGCUCCGACGGCUGCCGGGCCGUGAAGGUCAGCCGACUCCACCACAGCCGCCAGCGACGACUCAUGGCGAUGGAAGAAGCGGAUCUGCUCCAUACUCUGCCAGUAAUAACACUCAAGAAGACCAGGACAAAAAGCAACAGCGAUCUUCUUCUGACAGUGUUCAAAAUGUUUGGACGACACGCUCCAAAAGCCGAGAACAAGUUCCCGAACCGUCGAAAAUUGUGGAAGACAAACUGUCCAGCGUCGAGGCUAAUGAAGAUUCUGAUCGCAAAGGCCCAGCUAAAGAUUUGCGAAAUAGACCAGCUUCUUCGUUGGCACCGAAAUCUGUAAACAGUGGCACCGCUAGCAACAACACUUCAUCCAUUACCAAUAAUGUAUCAACUGCUGGUCCGGCAGGGCGACGAAGUGGACCAGGCCAACGUCGUCGAGAAUCAAAUUCUCGUUAUUCCGACAGUUACGAUGAUUAUUAUGAAGAAGAUGGCGCUCAUUAUCGAACGAAUGAACAGCACGGAGAGAAGAAACAACACGUGGAACCUCCGAGAAAGAGUAAGUCUCCGGAUGAAGAAGAAAACCAGAAGAAGGAUCACGCUAGAAGUGGUGGUGGUGGUACAGGAAACAACCGAGGUCCUGCUCCAGCUGCGGCAGCUCCUUUCCGCAACCGAAGAGGUAAUGGUCGUGGUGGAUUUGAAGAUGAGGAACCGCACAUUCGCAAUAAAGAUGGCCAGCAACAACAACGUCCUCCUCGUUUCCAGCAGCAAGAUGAAUCGGUGGGCGGAUCGGCUCCCAGAGUCGAUCACAAGAUCAAAGAAGAAGCUUGGGAGAGUGGCCAUUCAGAGCACAGCGAUUCCGCAAACAAUCGUUCAAACCGACAGCGAGGCGGUGGAGGACGCGGAAGUGGCGGAGGUGGUAACGCUGCCCCCGCUGGUGCUGGUGACAGACGCGUCCGUGGCAAACCGGACCAUAAUGAUUAUUACAAAGAUUCGGAGCCUUCCAGUGUUGGAACCGCAUCUAACUCUGCGCCAACAAAGGAAUCUUCUUCUGUCGUCGAAGACAAGGAUCACGAUAGAAAGCCUGCUCCUAAAGACCGGUCACAGCAACUUAAUCAAGAAGAUGGCUCCAAGCGCGUUGGAGAGUCACGCGGUGAAAGGAGGAAUGAACCCAAAGACAUCCGAGACAAUAGAGAUAAUCGUGAUCGUGGAGAACGGAAUCGAAACGAUCGUGAGCGAGGCGAUCGAGUCGAACAACGGGAUCGUAAUGACAGACCUGUAGGACGGAAUGAUGACCGUGGGAAUCGUGGAGGACAGGCCUCUAAAGCAUCAGAAAAUCAACGCUAUGAGCAGCGAGCUAAGACCAAUCUCCCCCCUCGCUUGGCCAAGCUGGGUGACAAUCGUCACAAAAUUCAAAAAUCGGAGAGUGCUGAAGCCCACGAAGGUGGAACGUCCUCAACGCAAACUAAAGAGAGCACUCCACCUGUCCAACAACAGCAGCAAAUGGGUGGAACACCGUGGGAAAAGGCAGGAGGUGUGCCUUCACCAGGACUUACGAGCGCCAUGGCUUCGAUGGCGUUGGCCGAUUCAGCCGUAGACAAGGUGACCGAAGAGAGCACCGUCAUUCUAGAUGGAACUACACCGCCAGCUCAGACCAUCAUUUUUGAAAAUACUAAUUUCAAGAGUUCGUCGGCGGAAUUGGCGAAAGGAAGGGGAACACCCCCAACUCAACAGGGAGGACCCAAAGGAUCCGCUGCUAUGCAGCAACAAAAGAUGCAGCAGCCUGAUGCCAAGGCGUCGGCACCCAUCAUCUCGACUGCCAAUGCUUCAACCAAAGGAGAAGCAGUGCAAAUGGCUGCCGUUGCCGCUGCAAUGGGUGUAGGUGGAAAUGGUGGAUAUCAAGGAACAGGAAAUCUUCAGCUAGCUGUUGGUAGCAAUAAAUCUGCUAUGGUUGGUAGUGGAACCAAUUCUGGGGUCCCUAGGAUCCAACACCUUGCAUCGUCCAGUGUCCAGUCGCCUAUCUCACCAUCAACGGCUGAGCUGAACAUGAAAAUCGCAUCGGUUAAAAAGGUUUGGGAUAUGCCGACCGUCAUGGAACACCACGGGGAAGAUCCAAACCAAGUGGUGAAUCCUAAUGUAGUACCCGGAGCUUAUCCAGUUCAGGGAUACGAAACGGACCCUUCAGCCGAUAUGAGUCAGGAUGUGUAUGCCCAACAACAGGCGAAAAUGGAUAACUCUGGUGUGAACAACGUUUGCAAGGUCAAACCUCAACAGCAGCAGCAACAACAACAGGCUGCAGCGGCAGCUGCUAUGGCUUUGGCUGCUCAGCACGGCAUUUCAUCGUCUCCGACAUUCAGUAGCGGAGCACCCACAUGCAAUACUCCUUCCGUAGCGGCGGCGGCAGCAGCGGCAGUCGCAGCUGCUGCGGCCGCUGCCAGUGCCGGUGGUCCUGCUGGAUUGGGCUCCGUAGGACCUUUGGGUUAUCAUCAGUAUGGUGGCAUGCCAGCCGUUCCGUCUCCUCCGGCCGCUAUGGUGUACGGCUCAGCGCCUGGCCAACAGCUACAGGGUGCUCCUCAGGCCGGUAUUUACGGCCCAUUCCUGGAUUCGAAUUCUCAGUUUUCGUUGUUGCAAGUGCUCAAUGGUCCAGGCAAUCCGGGCCGAUCACAGUUUUCACAUUUCAUGUCACCAGCUGCUCACGGUGUUGGCAUGGGGCACGCUGGACUCUCAAAUUUGGGUAGUUUGAGCAACGCUGGCGGUGGAGGUCCUUUUGCUCAACAAAACAUUUUGUUCCAGCAACCGCCUCCGCCAAGCCCGGCAGCUCCACCCAAUGCUUCUUCUGGUGGUGCUUCAGGAGGUCACGUUCCUCCAUCUGUUGCGAUGAAUGACUUAUACCAGUCGUCACAGUAUCGACUACAAGGUCACGGUCCUUUCGCCCCUCAGUCGCAGCACAACAAUCCUGGACCGAUGUUAAUAUCCAGCAAUAACUCUCUCGGCCUCAAGUCAUCGUCGUACGGUUCUAUUGGCCAGUCUAUCCACGGAUCGAUCGGCACCAAAUCUGCUUAUCAGCAACAACCAACUGGUCAUCAGCAUUCUCAGAUGUAUUAUCCUUAUGACCCGAACCAGCCACUAAUGAAUAUGAGCCAAGUCAGUCAAAUGGGCGGCCAAAGUUACUUGUCGCAAUCGCAGCUUCUGUCGCAGCAGCGAACAGCUCCUCCGCCACAAGUUCAAGCAAUUCAGCCGCCGCCGUCUUCGUUCUAUUCGGGAGGUGCCGGUCAGAGCAACCAGAACGCAGGUUAUUAUGGACAGCAACCUGGUGGCCCUAGUCUCCAACAAAUGGGACAAGGUCCUCCAGCCGCCCCUGGCCCGUUUUCGCUCCCAGGGUUUGCAUCUCAAGCUGGCCUGCAAGGAUACGCCAAUCGGGCUGCUCAACAGCAGCAGCAACAACAACAACAGCAACAACAGCAGCAGCAACAACAACAACAGAUGCCGUCGCAACAGCAGCAGCAGCAAUACAAUCUAAACAUGGCUGCACGUUAUCCGCCACGAAACGGCCCUGGUCCGAUGUGUACGAACCAAGUACCUCCGACAGGACCACUAGGCGGUCUACAAUUUGUUAAACCUACUCAUUCACCGUCUGGUCCGAGUCCAUCUCCUGCUGGAGCCGCUCCAUCUCCAGCCCAGUACAUGUCCGGACAACUGGACAACAUUGGAAGUAGUCAGAGUGGAGGAGAGAAAAUAGACAUGGUUCAGCAGCAACAGGGUGGUUCCGGAACCUCUCCCAAAUCGAGGAACAAGGUUCAGCAACAACAAGCAGCCAAUCAGCAGCAACAACAGCAGCAGCAACAACAGCAGCAGCAGCAGCAGCAGCAGCAAAUUCAUCCGAUGAACAAGUUUCCGGGCAGCUCACAUUCGAGUGGUGCUUACCCUGGCCCUCCCUCGAUUCGAACAUCUUACGUUUCCGUCCGAAGCGCUCCACCGCCUCAGCAAACAUCAGGGAACAACUCCAAUAACAUGAUGAGUUCCGGCGGAAGCACGGGCAACAAUGCUCCUCGGUAUCCGACACCAAUUCAGCGACCGACUGCUCCUACAGGCAACAUGCAGCAACAUCCUCCACCGCCCAUGCAUUCUAGUGGCCCUCCCGGAGCCCCUGUAGGUGGCUUGGGAGCCCGACCUAGAGCCCCCAACCCUCAUCCGGCUCGAAUUCCCGGCUCGGGUUCGGCACCUGGUCAUCCAUCUCAGAUGAAGAGCAACGCAUCAAAUAGUUAUGCGAUGACGGCAAAUCAGCAACACGACAAAUCGACUCCAGCUAGUAGCAGCAACGCUUCGACUACUCCGACUACGGCAACCACUUCGGCCAGCGCGGCAACGUCUUCGGCCGAUGAUAAGCCUCAACGGAAAGGAGGUAAUAACGCGUCAGAUGCUUCUACGAAGCCUGGUUCGAGUGAAUCAAGCAACAAGGACAGCAGUGCUAAAGCCGACGGUUCUGUCGCUUCCGCCGCCAAGUGAAUUUGAGGAGAUAGUAAAAGAAAAAAAAAACUUAAAAAAAAGUGCUGUGCAAGUUUUUCGUUUGAAGGACUCGGUUUCCUGAGUGGAAGAUUUCACACAGACUUUCUUUUUGCAAAGCUGACGCACGGGGAAAAAAUUAAAGAGCGUAAGAAGAUAACUUGUCCUUUUGUACCGGACAUUUGUCGUCUUCUGCUAGCCCUGCAGCUGCCGCCCUAAACUCCCCUUUUUCCUUCUUUGAUCCUUUGUACUUUUUCCCCGACUGAUCACUUUUUUCUUGUUCCCGCACACACACCUCGUUUAUUCGCGACAAAGCUAAAAAAAAAGGCCCACCAAUUGUUUCUCCUAAUUUUUUUUCGUCCUUCCAACUUUUGGCCGUUUUCCAAUUUUUUGUAGCAUAAAAUAAAAAUCACCCCACCGCUGCUCACCGCAAAAAAAUAAGCUAUUUGAAUUCGAUCGAAUGCUGGUCUGAUUUUUGAAGAAACUUUGUGCGAGUGUAUGUAAGGGAAAAAGAGUAGCAAACGAGCGGAAUUCAUGAAGGACAAUUUGAUUGCGCGGUGUGAAUCUAAUUUUUCACUACGACCCUUUAUUUUUUCAUCCCUUCUGUCCUCUUUGGGGGUUGUCUCUUACGUGUUUGUUUCAAGAUUUCUUUAUUUUGCUCUGCAUUCUCAAACCCACUUCUUCUCUCUUAAUUAAACAAAUCACUCCUUUUUCCCUGUUUUGCCACACAACAUCGUUUGGAGCAAGAUAAAUGAAACAAAAAAAAACGAAAUAAGUUGUGUAUUAUUGCAUCUUGUGUAAUCAAACAUGGUUCGUUUUCCUCGCGA